AUGGUCAACUCCUGCUGUGGCUCUGUCUGCUCUGAGGAGGGCUGUGGCCAAGGCUGCUGCCAGCCCAGCUGCUGUGUGUCCAGCUGCUGCAGACCCAGCUGCUGUGUGUCCAGCUGCUGCCGCCCCAGCUGCUGUGUGUCCAGCUGCUGCAGGCCCAGCUGCUGCAGACCCAGCUGCUGCAGACCCCAGUGCUGCCAGUCUGUGUGCUGCCAGCCCACCUGCUGUCGCCCCAGCUGCUGCCCCCCCAGCUGCUGCAUCUCCAGCUGCUGCCAGCCCUCCUGUGGUAGUUCUAGCUGCUGUGGCUCCAGCUGCUGCCAGCCCUGCUGCCGCCCCUGCUGCCGCCCCUGCUGCUGCCUGCGCCCAGUCUGUGGUCAGGUCUGCUGCCAGACCACUUGCUACCGCCCGACCUGUGUGAUCUCUACCUGCCCCCGCCCCAUGUGCUGCGCCACCCCUUGCUGCUGA